CUAUAGAUACAUGAAGCAACAAACUCUCUCUCACUCUCUCCCCUACUUUCUCUCCCAUAAACCCUCUGCAAGAGACUACUAAAGCCUAAAACCAUAGCUCUAUCUUCCUUACGCUAGCACACACAAAAAGCACACAGAAAAAACCACACAAAAUGCCGUCUUAGGGUUCCAAUUUCCGUUCAUCCAAAGCUUCAUCGAUGACAGAUUCGCCAUUACAUUCUUCGUUCGUUGCGAUUCCGUCAAUACCGCUCUAGCUUUUCCUUGACGGAGCGAAUUUUCCGGCCGGUCAUGACGUCAUUUUCCGCUGCACCAAAGGUUUGCUUUAACUCCACUUGUAAUCAGGUUUUGGAAGCCCCGAGACGAGGCUGGCUAUGCCGUACCGGAGCUUUCGCCGACCUCUGCGAUCGAUGCGCUUACGCUUUUGAAAAUGGAAAAUUCUGUGAUACAUAUCACUUGAAUGCUUCUGGUUGGAGAUGUUGUGAAUCUUGUGGAAAGCAAAUUCAUUGUGGAUGCAUAGUGUCAUUCCACAUGUUCAUAUUGUUGGAUGCUGGAGGUAUUGAGUGUCUCAAGUGUGCAAAAACAGAAGACAUCUUGACACCAAACCCUACUUGGCCGUCUGCUUCUAACUUCCUCCAAGGACCUGCUGAACGAAUUAGCGGUAUCUCUUCAAACAGUUGGAGAUCUAUUGCUGGAUCCGGUCCGGUACCAUGGCGGCAAGCACCCAGUCUGUUCAACGCUUUUAAAGGUCAACCUGAAUUACAGUUGACUUCAUGUUCUCUGGGUCGAAGUACACGAGAUGAUCCUUCUGAGAGAUAUGUGACUGAUAGCUGGCGGGUCAGUGCACAAGAACUGAUUAGCGAUAAAGCCGCCUCUGGAAUCCAGUAUGAUGGGAAACAUAAUCUGUUUAAAGGUGUUUCUUACCAAUCAUUCUUUCAUACCGAUGACACCCCUCUUUCUACUUUGCCAGCAACAUUUGCGCUACACAAUCAAAAGAUUGAAACAGAAAAUGUAUCUGGAAUUUGUGUUAAAGGGUUAUGCACUCCACAACCAGUAGCGAAACAAUGCUCUACCAAUAAUGGAGUCGGUCCGUCUCUCGGAAAUCAGUCCCACAAUAGUAAGGCUCGAGAUGAAACACAGUCCUGCAAUCAGCUACUUUCGCGCUACUGGCCCCAAUUAACAGAUCAAGAACUCCAACAGCUCCCUGCAGGCUCAAACGCCAAGAUCACUCCUUUGUUUGAGAAAGUGUUAAGUCCUAGUGAUGCUGGAAAGAUAGGUCGAUUGGUGCUGCCAAAGAAAUGCGCAGAGGCUUACCUUCCUCCAAUUUCACAGCCUGAAGGCUGUCCACUUGUCAUCCAGGAUUCGAACGGAAAGGAUUGGGUAUUGCAAUAUAGAUUUUGGCCUAAUGGUAAUAGUAGGAUGUAUUUUCUAGAAGGAGUUGCUUCUUGUAUACAGUCAAUGCAGUUGCAAGCUGGCGAUACUGUGACAUUUAGUAGGUUGGAUCCUGAAGAAAAGCUUGUCAUGGGAUUCAGGAAAGCUUCAUCUGCAUCUCCAUCUGACAAGGGAAAUGGAACGGACAACACAAAUAUGUUGGCUUGUGAAGAAUCUUCAAAGGAUUGUAGAUGGUCAGAAGUUGAUAAAACUUCUAUUCAUGCUAAGAGGAAAAAAGGGGCCAAAAUGUAUUCAAACAAUAAAACCCUUCGAUUCAGUGUCACUUUGGAACAAGUUCAGGGGUUGUUACGACCACCUCUUACUAAUGCUCCCACCAUCGUCUUAUUUGAGGGUGUUGAAUUUGAGGUUUUUCAGGAGGCACCGGUUAUAGGGAGUCCUACAGCAUUUUCACAAGAUAAUGUUGGAUCUCUUUGUUCAACAGAGGUAGAACCUACACCAAAACAUCCGGAUCAUAUGCUUCCCGCGAUAAUAAAUCACGAAAAUUCAGAAUCACUGCCGAAUACCACCAAGCACAAAUCAACUUGCACGUGUAACAUCUGCCUAUCAGUGAACCGUUUUACUCCACCCCCGAUGAUGCACCGUGAUCUGAUACAUCCAGAACAACAAGUUGGAACGUCAUUGCAGAAUCCAACUCAAUUGAGGUAUGCUGACGUCAUUUGCUAUACCCAGACAGAAAAUGGUAACGAGAGCCGCAGAGCAUGGCCUAGUCAAAGAUAUGAGAAUGACCCGAGUAGAGAACAAUCAUCCAGUGUAACUUUCAAGAAUCAAAAUAUAGACUUGAAUAUACAACCCGAGCGGGAAGAAGAAACUUAUCCUGUUUCAGAUAUGGGAAUUAUGAGGUUAGUUCAAGAAUCUACGCAGAGAUACAUGAAGCAGCAGAAGCUAUUAAUCAAUGACACGUCUCACAAAAACCAUGGAAUAUAAAAGGUACCAUUUCUGUUAUUACCUAACAGUAACCGUUAUCAUAGGGGAAGAUAAAUAUCGAUAUGCACACAACCAGAUUGGAUGUGGUUGGUGGUGGGGUUGAAGCUCACCUUGCUGAUCAUCGGUAAGAAUAGCUGACUUAUGACGAUAUAAGUACAUAAAUUUCCGGUGUAAUUAUAUUAUCUAGGAAUGUCAUUAGAUAACUAAACUAGAUCUUAUCAGUCAUCUUGUUUUAUGGGCCGUUUGGAGACGGUAUUUUGAUCCAUUUAUCGAUGAAUGGCUUAAUUCGAUCAUUCGAUUA